AAAUAUAUAUCACAUCACCACCAACCUCUUCAUAGUUAUAUUGGUCUUCUUUUGGAAAACAAUUAAUUAUGAUUAUUAAUGAACCAAACCCUACUGUUUUUCCCUCUCUACCUCUUUGGCCCCUUUUCUGUGCCGUUUUCCCUUUCCCAACCAUAUUUAAAGCCUUCCCCAAUGAGCACAACUUUGCACAGCAAAUUAGGAACUCCUCAUUCAUUCGCUCACUCACUCAAUCUCAGUUAGACAUAGCACAGCUCCUUUCUUUAUAUCUUUGGGCUCUUUAAAGGUUAGGUUCUUCUCCUCUGAGAGAGGGGGAGAGAGAGAGAGAGAGAGAGAGAGAGAGAGAGACAAGACGUACGCGCGCAACAUAUUCUAGCUAGCUACGAAGAUUGGAAAAGAUGAAAGAAAAGCAUGGGACUGGACCAAACGGCGAGAGAGGGCCGAGCAGACACAAUUUGAGGAGUGUUUGAAAAAUGGGUGACCAUGUUCAUGGCAUUUCCAUCGACGGGAGCAGCUCCAAUAGGUUCGAGCCCUUCGACGAUGAUGGUCGCAUCAGAAGAACUGGGACCAUAUGGACCGCGAGUGCCCACAUAAUAACCGCAAUUAUUGGGUCGGGCGUGCUCUCAUUAGCGUGGGCGAUAGCCCAGCUAGGAUGGAUUGCCGGCCCGUCAGUGAUGAUCCUGUUCGCCAUAGUGAGCUACUACACAGCUGUUAUCCUCGCUGACUGCUAUCGAACUGGCGAUCCUGUCUCCGGGAAACGGAACUAUACUUACAUGGACUCAGUUCGUUCUAUCCUCGGUGGAGCUCAUGUCCCAACAUGCGGUUUGAUACAGUACCUGAAUCUCUUCGGGAUUAUGGUCGGCUACACUAUCGCAGCCUCCAUAAGUAUGAUGGCGAUUAAGCGGUCCGACUGUUUCCAUGAAAGUGGGGGAAAGAACCCAUGUCAUAUGUCGAGCAACCCCUACAUGAUUAUGUUCGGGCUUGUGGAGACUCUGCUGUCUCAGAUCCCAGACUUUGAUCAAGUCUGGUGGCUCUCGAUUGUUGCCUCGAUCAUGUCCUUCACUUACUCCUCGGUGGGCCUUGCCCUUGGCAUUGCCAAAGUUGCAGCCACCGGAAAUUUCCGAGGUAGUCUCACGGGGAUAAGCGUUGUGAGUGUCGGGCAAACGCAGAAGAUAUGGAGGAGCUUCCAAGCUCUUGGAGAUAUCGCCUUCGCUUUCUCGUUCUCUUUCAUUCUCAUCGAAAUUCAGGACACACUCAGGUCUCCACCAUCGGAGGCAAAGACAAUGAAGAAGGCAACCUUAAUCAGUACAACAACGACAACGGUCUUCUACAUGCUCUGCGGGUGCAUGGGCUAUGCAGCCUUUGGGGACCACGCCCCAGGAAAUCUCCUCACUGGUUUCGGUUUCUACAACCCGUUCUGGCUCCUCGACAUUGCAAAUGCCGCCAUUGUGGUCCACCUCGUCGGGGCCUACCAAGUCUUCUGCCAGCCCAUCUACGCCUUCGUGGAGAAAUGGGCUGCCCAGAAGUGGCCCGACAAUGAGCUCCUAUCCAAGGAGUUCAAACUCCAGAUCCCGGGCUUCCUCCGCCCCUACAGCGUCAACAUCUUCAAGCUCGUGUGGAGAACUGUUUUCGUUAUCCUCACCACCGUGAUCUCCAUGUUGUUACCGUUUUUCAAUGACAUAGUAGGGAUCCUCGGAGCGCUUGGGUUCUGGCCCCUUACCGUAUACUACCCAGUCGAGAUGUACAUCACACAGAAGGAAAUACCAAGAUGGAGCUUCAGUUGGGUGUGCCUUGAGCUUCUCAGCAUCGCAUGCCUCAUGGUUUCGGUGUUGGCUGCUGCUGGCUCUGUUGCUGGGGUUAUGCUUGAUCUCAGGGUUUAUAAGCCGUUCGAGAUGAGCUACUGAACACAGAUAGGGGUUCGUUUUCGGUUUAAAAGCUGUAGAUUCUUGUUAUUUUCCCCAAAAUCCCAGAAGUGUGAGGAGGUGAAGCUGUUUCUCGUUCUGUAUUGAAGUCGGGUUCCGUCGUUCCAGAGAUUAUAAUUAACCCAAGCAUCAGUAAAUAAUGUGCAGUAUUGACUAUGACAGAGAUGCGUACCGUCAAGUCCUUAGACAAGCAGUUCGUAGAAAGUAAACAAUUUAUCAAGCCUAA